AUGAGAGUUUUACUGUUCAUAUUGUUACUAUUAAGUGUGUGCCAAUGUAAAUUUCAUGAUGUUCAUCCGGCUUUACGAAGUGAGUUAUAUAUAUUAGGUUGUUAAAAUAGUUAUGUGCCUCUUAACGCCAAAAGUGUGCUUUGAGAGGGAGCACAUAAUUAUUUGAACAACUUACAAAAGUAAUAGUUCAAAGACAAUAUUGACUAUUUUAGGCCUGUUGCCAAGCAAUAUUUUGAACUUUUUGGACACCUUUACUCCAGAAGAACAGAAAGUAAUUGACAGUGCUGAUGACUCAACUGGAGUCAAAGAAUAUUUGCAUAAUAUUGAAAAACAGAACCCCGAUUUAGCUCAACGAGCUACUAUUCUAGUAGCCAACAUCAUUACCAAGAUGAAUUCUUUGCCAAAUGCUACUCAUGAUUUUGUUAGAAAAGUAAGAUUUUGUUUUAAAUUUGCUAACACUCACAUAUACAAUACUAAACUUUUUUUAAAAUUUUUGCUUCAAAAAAAUAUUUUUAAUGUUAUUUUAGGUCAUGAAAGCUUUGGAUGCCAAAGAAGGCAAGUUGUCAGAUGAAGAAGUGACAGAAACCGCUAGCAAGUUAGAAAAAGAAUUUAAAAAGCUGAGUCCAGAAGAUCAGGAUGAGCUUCAAUUUGUGUUCCCAACCAUUUUUGACACAUUGACCAGUAAGUGUAUGCUUUUUUGUUAUGGUUAUUAGUUUUAUAACAGAGUCGCACCAAAUUUUCUUCAGGGUUUUAGAACAAAGCUUUUAUAGGAUAGAAGAGCAUAAAAAGUUACCCUGUAAACUAUUUUCAAAAACGGCAAACUGGACUUGGCUAGCGAGUUACAAUACGCUUAAUAGUCCGAUAUGUUUAAAAAUGUUCUAGAUAUAUAAAUACAAAAUAUAAAUCAUAAAAUAUGACUUAAGAAUAUAAAAAAUGUCAUUUUUUAAAAACAUAUUACACAAUGUUUUUCCAGGUGAAGAAUUUGCGGAAUUAGCAAAAGGUAAAUUUGGAAAAGCAGGUAAGGAAGAUGCCAAGAACAACGAAAAAAAUAAGGAAAAGGAAGAAAAGAAAGAUGAUGAAAAAGAUGAAAAGAAAGAAAAUGAAAAAGAAGAAGAAGAAGAAAAGACAACCACUACAACUAAAAAGCCAAAGAGUAAGAAGAACAACAAUACUACGACUGUAGCUCCAACUACAGUAGCUGAAUGA